AUGUCACACGAAGCAGAAGAGGAUUUAUUGGAAUACUCUGACAACGAACAAGAAGUUCAAGUUGACAACAAAGCAGCCGAAGUCAAUGCUGAGAGCAACGGCGAAAGCCAAGACAAGGAUGCCGAUAAGAAGGGUUCUUAUGUCGGUAUUCACUCUACUGGUUUCAAGGAUUUCUUGUUGAAGCCUGAAUUGUCGAGAGCUAUCAUCGAUUGUGGUUUCGAACAUCCUUCUGAAGUGCAACAACACACCAUUCCUCAGUCUAUCCACGGUACGGAUGUCUUGUGCCAAGCCAAGUCUGGUUUGGGUAAGACUGCUGUGUUCGUUUUGUCCACUUUGCAGCAACUAGACCCAGUUCAAGGUGAAGUCAGCGUUGUUGUGUUGUGUAACGCUAGAGAGUUGGCCUACCAAAUUAGAAACGAAUACUUGAGAUUCUCUAAAUAUAUGCCUGACGUCAAGACUGCUGUCUUCUACGGUGGUACUGAAUACAAGAAUGACAUCGAUUUGUUGGCCAAGAAGGAAACCGUCCCACACAUUAUCGUUGCAACCCCUGGUCGUUUAAAGGCUUUGGUUAGAGAUAAGUACAUCGACUUGUCCCACGUUAAGAACUUCGUUAUUGACGAAUGUGACAAGGUUUUGGAGGAAUUGGACAUGAGAAGAGACGUACAAGACAUCUUUAGAGCAACCCCAAGGGAUAAGCAAGUCAUGAUGUUCUCCGCUACUUUAUCUCAAGAGAUUAGACCUAUCUGCAGAAGAUUCUUGCAAAAUCCAUUGGAAAUCUUCGUCGAUGACGAGGCUAAAUUGACUCUACACGGUCUACAACAAUACUACAUUAAACUAGACGAAAAGGAAAAGAACCGUAAGCUAGCUCAAUUGCUAGACGACUUGGAAUUCAACCAAGUUAUCAUUUUCGUGAAGUCCACUGCAAGAGCUAACGAACUAACCAAACUAUUGAACGCCUCUAACUUCCCAGCUAUCACUGUGCAUGGUCACAUGAAGCAAGAAGAACGUAUUGCCCGUUAUAAGGCAUUCAAAGAAUUCGAAAAGCGUAUCUGUGUGUCUACUGACGUGUUCGGUAGAGGUAUCGAUAUUGAACGUAUCAACCUCGCUAUCAACUACGAUAUGCCAAACGAGGCAGACCAAUACCUACAUCGUGUUGGUAGAGCUGGUAGAUUUGGUACUAAGGGUUUGGCUAUCUCCAUGAUUUCUAGCCCAGAAGAUGAACAAGUCUUGGCUAAAAUUCAAGAGAGAUUUGACGUUAAGAUUACUGAAUUCCCAGAAGAAGGUGUUGAUCCAUCUACUUACUUGAACACUUGA